AUGGCCGAAAACGAAUUGCUUAGAUUAAAGAAGCGCCGUGGUUUGUUGAAGGCAUCGUUAACGAGAUUCAAGAGUUUUUUGGAUAAUUACAUACCGGAACGCGAUUACAGUAUACUGAGAAUUCGUUUUGAAAAGGCGAACUCCUUACUCUCAGAGUUUGAAAAUGUUCAUAUGGCGAUAGAAUUAGCUGAAAAUAUCAACGACGAGGAGUCUAGACAAUUGUUUGAGAACAAUUACUAUGAGCACGUAGCAAAAGCACAAGAAUACUUAGAUUCAGGAAGAAACAGUGCGGUGUCGACUGAUAGUGCGUCGGCUAAUGCAGAUAUUCAAGCAGUACUAUCUCAAUUAUCAAACUUAACGUCAAAUGAUAAUAGUGUCAAGCUUCCUACUAUAACUUUGCCAAAAUUUGAUGGGAAAUAUGAAGAAUGGUUAAGUUUUGAGGAUUCAUUUAAGGCUUUAGUUCACAAUAAUGUGAAAAUUCAAACGGCUGUAUCAAAGGAUUCUGCACUGGGUUUGAGCACCUUAAUCGACACUGCGCUUAAACACAUACACUCAUUACAAGUUCUAGAGCAACCGGUCGACGGUUGGGAUGCAUUGCUUCUGCACUUGAUUGGUUCAAAGGUUGAUAAAAGAACUCAAAUGGAAUGGGAAAAAUCAUUGGAUAGAACUAACAUGCCCACUUUAGAACAAUAUCUGAAAUUUUUGCGUAAUAGAUGUCAUAUAUUAGAGGCAGUUCCUAAGGACGUAUCAAAUACAACAAAUCAGAAACAAUCAAAUUCUAAUAAGGUAGCAUCCAGCAAAACACGGCAAAUUCUGUUUGAAUCACAACAUAAGGUCAAGUGUCACGUUUGUGGAGAGAACCACAAUAUUCAGAAUUGUGAGAAGUUUAAGGCUAUGAGUCAUGUUGAGCGAUCAGAAUCAAUAAAAAAGGCAGGUUUGUGUUUCAAUUGUUUCAGAGCAAAUCACAAGGUUACAGCAUGUAAAGCAAGUAGUUGCAGAAAGUGUGAUCGUAGGCAUCAUACAAUGCUACAUCCAAACAAUUCGAGCGAUGUUUCUCAAGGAAUUGAAGAGAAUACUGAACAGAAAGAACAAGGUAAAAUUCAAGGUUCAAAGACCGCUAGUCAGACUCUGAGUUCACGAUUAGAUGAUACUUCACAAAUAAUUUUGUCUACAGCCAUGGUGGAUAUUGCUGAUGCUUCAGCUCAAUAUCAACCAUGCAGAGUAAUUUUAGAUGCAGGAUCACAGUCUAACUUCAUAUCUGAACGGCUUUGCGAUAGGCUAAAGUUACCUAAAAAUGUAGUAGAUAUUCCCAUUAAGGGAAUUGGAGAAACACUAUCACAUGUUAAAUGGUCAACAAAGGCAACCAUCAAGUCCAGAAGUAGUGCAUUCACACUUAAGCUUAAUUGUUUAGUUAUUUCUAAGUUAACAGAUGUUCUACCUUCAAGAAAUAUUAAUCGUAAGGCUCUUGAUAUUCCAGCUAAUCUGCGAUUAGUAGAUUCAAGAUUCGAUCAACCUGCGCAGAUCGAUAUGCUCAUCGGAGCAGAAUACUUUUAUCAUUUGCUAUGUAUUGGUCAAGUUAAGUUAAGGUCAGGAGCAAUUGUUAUGCAAAAAACUAAAUUCGGUUGGAUUAUAUCUGGAAAAACUGGUUCCUUGGAUCCUGUCUCCGUUGAUUUAUGCCAUUUCUCUCGAAGCACUCUUGAUGACGCUGUACAGAAGUUCUGGGAGACAGAAGAAAUACCAGCAAGAAAGAAUUUGUCGCCUGAGGAGAAACAAUGCGAACAGCAUUACAAACGGACAGUAAAGAGGCUUCCGUCAGGACGAUACUCAAUAGGAUUGCCAUUUAAUGAACAAAAGGGAAAAUUAGGCGAAUCAUACGGAAUAGCUUUAAAACGACUACAAGGCUUGGAACGAAGACUAAGCGCAAAUCUCAGAUUGUAUGAAGAUUAUCGUAAAUUUCUGCAGGAUUAUGAAUCACUAGGACAGAUGACGGAAUUGAAGCAAUCAAACAUGCAGGAAGGAUGUUUUCUUCCUCACCAUUCAGUUAUUAAGGAGUCAAGCAUGACGACAAAAUUAAGAGUAGUUUUCGACGCAUCAGCGAAAACAUCGAGCGGUAUCUCACUAAACGACACAUUGCUUAAAGGUCCAGUGGUGCAACAAAAUAUUCUCGCCAUUAUUAUAAGAUUUUGCUUGCAUAACAUAGUCUUCACAGCAGAUAUUCAAAAAAUGUACAGACAGAUAUUCAUACAUCCCAAGGAUCGGCCAUUUCAGAGAAUUCUGUGGAGAAAUAACCCAGAAGAAGCAGUACGUAUUUACGAGCUCAACACUGUAACAUACGGAAUGUCGCCAGCACCAUAUUUAGCUACAAGAACCUUGAUUCAAUUAAGUGAAGAUGAAAGGCGGAAUUAUACAGAAGCCGCUGAAAUCAUUACAAGAGAUCUAUAUGUUGAUGAUCUUCUAUCUGGAACAGAAACAAUAGAGCAAGCGAUAGCCUUGAAGACUCAAAUCACAAGAUUAUUAAGUAGCGGAGGUUUUGAUCUCAGGAAAUGGGCUUCCAAUCAUUCUCAAUUCAUUGAGUCUAUGACAACUGAACAUCAAAAUGAGCAUUGGUGUUUAGAAUUUUCUGGGACACACAAGACUUUAGGAAUUCUUUGGAAUCCUAAACAAGAUUGUUUUUUGUAUCGAGUAGCAAUGCGUCAAGAAUCAACCAAGUUAACAAAACGAUUAAUCUUGUCACAAGUAGCAUCUCUGUACGACCCGGUCCCAACAGGACCACUCGGUCUGUUGGGUCCAGUCAUCGUAAAAGCUAAAAUACUACUUCAAGGACUCUGGAAACUACAGUUAUCAUGGGAUGAAUCUGUUCCGAUGGAAAUUCACACAGCCUGGAAAACUCUACGAGAUAGCCUGUCGGAAAUAAACAACAUAUUAUUUCCCAGACAUGUUUGUAUGGCGCAAUCAGUGGACUUGCAACUGCAUGGAUUUGCUGAUGCUAGCGAAGCUGCAUACGGAGCUUGUAUGUAUGUAAGAUCAUCAAAUUUAGCCGGUUCAUAUCAGGUACUGUUGCUGUGUUCUAAAUCAAAAGUGGCUCCACUUAAAAAACUUUCAAUACCAAGAUUGGAGCUAUGCGCAGCCGUACUCCUAUCGCAACUUUGUCAGACAGUGCUGGAAGCAUUCAACACGACAUUUAGUAAGGUAGUGCUGUGGUCAGAUUCGACUAUUACGCUGCAUUGGAUUCGCACUCAGUUACAUCGCCUAAAAACCUUUGUAACAAAUCGCGUAGCUGCCAUUCAAGAGACAACAGCGACUUUUAAUUGGAGACAUGUAUCAUCACAGGAUAAUCCUGCUGAUUUAGUUUCAAGAGGAAUUCUUCCUUCCAACCUUGUUAAUAGUAUCUGGAUUCACGGACUUCCUUGGUUAUUGGAAGACGAACAUACCUGGCCAAGCUUUACUCCUACAUUAGCGGAGAUUCCGGAACAACAAGCAACAAUUAACUUGAAGAUAGAAAGGAGUUGUGACAUUCUACAACAAUUUUCAUCCAUAGUAGUGCUUUGCAGGGUGGUGGCAUGGUGUCUUAGAUUUAUCGACAAUUGUCGGGUAGAGCACAGGAUCCAGGGAAUGUUGAGUGGUUCUGAAUUAAAUCGAGCAAUGUCUGUUAUUGUAAAACUUGUACAAGUCGAAGCCUUUACUAGCGAAAUAAGCCAAUUAGAGAAAGGAGAGAGUCUCAAGAUAGGAGAUUUGGUUGUAUUAAGAGAGGAUAAAACUCCUCCAUUAUAUUGGCCUUUAGGACGAGUCACAGCACUGUAUCCAGGUCAAGAUGGAAUAGUUAGAGUUGUAGAAAUAAAAACUACAACUGGAAGUUACAAGCGAGCGGUAAAAAAUGUAGCGCGUUUACCUAUGAAUGAAACCUUAUAA